AUGGCUCUCAAGCAAUUUGGAAAGUUGUGGAAUAAAGAGGAGAACUCAACCCCAUCAGGUUCCGGUGCAUCAAAAAAGAGGAAGUAUCAUUACGCCGAUAUUUUAUCAUUUUUAAAACCAGUUGCUGAAAAAAGAAAUACAUCUGGUAAUUUUGUUGAUGACCCCAACGAAAGUCUUCAAGGUGAACAAACUUUUGACGAAAAUCAUUCACUAGCUGAUGAAACUCAGGAAAAUGGAGUAGCGUCAACUUCUUAUUCUCAAUUAAAUAAAAAAUCUAAAAAAACACUAAAAGAAACAAUUUCUCCAUUCCAAAAUAAAUUGUUAUCUUUUAUAGAGCAAACGGGGUCUAAUGAUUCUGACAAACAAUUUUUAUUAUCAUUAUUGCCGGAUUACAAAAAUCUAAACCCUUCACAAAAAUUAGAUUUUUGUAUUUAUGUUCUGAAUUUUUUUUUAAAUUUACAUCAACCUGAUAAUAAUAGUUCAUCUUCCUUAACUUACGAUAAUUUCUAUCAAAACUCUGCGUCUAUAUAUAUACCUCCACUCAGACAACCUGACAUUAAUAAUACAUAUUAUUCAAAUACAUCUCAUAACAUUCCAUCUCCUUAUCAUUAA